GAUAUUUUUCCGCUUCCCUACCUUCGGCCGCCUCGAUCCAGGCCACUGUCGGGAUCCAGACCCGACCCAAUUCGCGACCUCCUUGCGUUGUAUCCCUACCUAUCUGUUGUCGCGUGGUUAUAAGCGCGCUACGCCGUCUUUCUGGGCGCACAAGCGACGCGACUAGAUAAUCGAAAGCCACUAUCAAGCGCUUCCGAGGCUUUUUUUUUUCUCCUUCUUCCUUCUCAACAUCGCCCGGCCUACAUUGCGGCCGAAGUAUCGCAACUCUGCUAAGCUAACGAUGGCUCUCGAAGCUCCGUUGAGAUCGUCAACCGGGAGUAUAAUAGCUCCUUUCUUGUCUCAUGUGAAUAUGUCCUCGCCAGAACCAUCCGCUUCUCCUCGUCCUCACUUCCGUCCGACGUCUACUGGCUCCGUAGAAUCCGGCUCCCUGCGGCCAAUGCCUGCCGCCCGCCCGUCCUCGACCAGCAACUAUCUUCUGAGCCCGGUCGAUAUCGGCCCUUCGCCAGUUACGUCCGUUGGAACGGAAGCGACGGAGAUAGAGGAUGAAGUGUCUGAUGAGGUUCGGUCCCAACCCACCGCUGCAAACCCCGAUCCGCGGCCUCAGGUGCUAAUGCUCAGCACGGACAUACCCGAUCAAGCGUGGCGGGUCUCCGGCGAAGAGGCCGUGUCUGUCAUACACGCCCCGGAGAGCUUCCACAGUUGGAAGACUAGUGAAAGCUCCCCGAGGCAAUCUGAGUCGACCCUCAAGACUUCGCCCAAGUCCCCCCCUGUCUCGAGACAGGAAGAGAUGGAUGCUCCGCCUGCUGGAGACAAUGCUUCAAACACCAAAUCCUCUGCCCUUCCAGCACCGCCGCCCCUUUCGACAGAUGUAAAACCUGCUAGAUACAGUAUUGAUAGCGCAACACCAAGGGCACAGAACCUACAAGAGGUAUUAAACGAAACCAGGAUACGGUCCAGGAGCGCUAGUAGCCUCGAGUUGAUCCCGGAGUCUAAGGAGCCAGAGACGGACGGAGAACACGACUUAGAGGACUACGAUGACGAGGAAUACGUCACGCCCGUUCGAGGGCAGGAGGGCGAAGAGAUAGAGAUCCGGUCCCUAAAGACCGCCCUACAGGAAUGCUGGACUCUAUGCAACACCCUAGCCACCCUCAGCACGCACCAUCGUGAGAGAAUGUUUAGCACGUCGGGGACUCCGGACGGCCACGAGAAGGCCUGGAAGUGCUGCUGGAAGCUCUGCCAGCGGCUGUACGACAACCGCGACGACGUCGACGAGUCGUACAACGUCCGCACGAACCUGGACCUGUGCCGGGACUUCUGCCAGGCCCUGUUCGACGUGCGGCAGCGCAAAGACGAGGUGGCAGACUCGGUGCUGCGCGUGAGUUUCGAGCUUAAUAACCACCUCUACAGCGCGCAAGACAACCGAAACCUGCCCGAGGCCUUCCGGGAGCGGACUCUGGAUUUCUACAUCACGCUAUGCCAUCGGCUAAUGAAGCAGCGCGGUGAGGUCGGCGAGGAGACGGACUCAUUACUGUCCGCCUGUUGGUCGCUCGCUGAGAUGCUGUUCAGCCUGCGGCAGAGCAAGCGCGACAGGCGGGCGCCGGAUGAGGAGUUGCUCGGCUCUGCCGUCCAGGCGUGCUGGGACCUGUGCGACCUGUUCCGCGAGGGGUGGACGCAGAUCCGGCCGGACCGAGGCACGCCGCGACCGAGCCAGGCGACCUUCUCGUCGUCGUCGUGGUCGCACGGCGGCGGCAGCGAGGUCGACCCGUCGGGGCGUGAGAGCCGCGCCUCGACGCGCUCCAGACCCAACAGCCUCAAGAACCACAGCGGUACCAAGGCUCGCAAGCCGGCUCCGGUCCCAGUGCCAGAGACACCAGUGACUGAGUUCGAGGACACGCCUAUCUCGCCCGAGAGCCAGAGCCCGCGUGUGCCGAACAUCAUGGUACUCGGCACGGAGGGCAACCGGAGCGGCGGCAGCGGCGGCAGGUGGUCGAGCAGCGCGUCGAACCUGUCGGGCUACUCCCAGAGCAGCCAGCGCACUUCGAGCACGGCGACAACAGCGACGACCAACGAGGACCCGAACGUGACGCGCGUCAAGAUGCUGGUCCUCAAGGCGGCGAUGAACGUCGGAUUCUCGCGGGACGCGGGGAACGGGGGCUCGUCGGUCUCGGGGUCGGAGGGCGGCAACACCAGCACCAGCACAAGCCCGCGGGCGGCAGCGAGGCCGUCGCUGCAGGCGUUUGUCAAGGCGCUGCCGUCGGGGUCGUUCGGCCCGCUGCCGGCGCACGCGGCGCUGCUGCAGAGCUACAAGAACCUCGUGGCGGCAGACGGAUCCCUGCGGCAACAGCAGACGGUGGUAGGAGCCGGGGCGACGGGCCAGCUGCCGGCGCGAGGACGGCGGGCGCUCGCUGCUGACGUUGCGAUGAGCGUCGCGUGGAUGGCGCACCGGUCCGGCGGCCAGUACGCGUUCCUGCGCGACCUGUUCCGGCUCGUCUUCGGCUUCCCCGUCGAGGAGGCGGAGACCCGGAAGAGCAUCAGCAUCGUGGUGUGAAGGGAUAGGAGAGGGAGUGCAAUAGGAGGCAGGAUGAUCGACGGAAGAGAUAUGAAAGCCCGAGAAAAGUGUAGAGAGGAGGUGGCACAUGGAUGGAUCUGUGGAUCGGUGGGUCUAUUACACGCCUUUUCUACGCCUCUAUUUAUUGGGGUAUCGUACGACGCUGAACGAACCUCGACGUAUAUGGAGUGCCGGAUUGAAGGGUGGAGGACCGAGGAGAGCCUCAUGGUGUUUAAUGUCUGGUGUUGCGCUUUAUUGUGUUAUUUCCCCCUCCUCCGCCUAUCUAAGAUACCCCUCUUAUUUUUAUCUUUCUUACACUCGUUCCCACCCGAGCGACUACGAAAAAACGACGACGACGACGACGACGACGAUGAUGAUGACGACGUGGCGCAGCGGGGGCGGCGAGACU